GGUCGGGUGGUGCUGCUUCGGCUCCAAUGGUCCAGCUGUAGGGAUCGUGAUAGGCGGAUCUUAGCGGUAUAUAAAAUGACACCUGGCAUAGCGAGGCUAGAUGUAGACUCUGUGCGUAUGAUAUGCUCCGGGCAAGUAAUCGUGGAUCUCGCGGCGGCAACCAAAGAGUUGGUUGAGAACGCUUUGGAUGCGGGUGCAACAUCAAUCGACGUGCGAUUGGUUGAGUAUGGGACCUCCGCGAUAGAAUGUUCUGACAAUGGAUGUGGGAUCCCCCCGAGUGACUUCGAAAUUAUGGCUCAACGCUAUUCAACUUCGAAGUUGCGAGAUUUUGAGACGCUGCGUAAUGUAGAUAGCCUUGGAUUCCGGGGAGAGGCCCUUGCUUCUCUAUGCGAAUUGGCGAGUAGUCUUGCUGUGGUCACACGUUGCGAAGCGGAGAAGGUUGGUACACGACUGGUCUUUAAUCGAAAUGGUGCCCUGACAGCGAGGAUACCAACUGCAAGGAAAGUUGGCACGACAGUUACCGUCAAGGAAUUAUUCGCAGCAUUGCCUGUCCGUCGUGCUGAUCUUCAACGUAACUUAAAACGACAGUACACAAAGACGUUGCGAUUGCUUCAUGGAUAUGCGUUGAUUGCGACACACUGUCGGCUGCGCGUCAUGUUGCAAGCAGGCAGCAAGCGGAGCAGUGCAAUUACAGUUCAAAGUGGUCGUUCAAUCAAAGAGGGGUUGUCGUCUCUCUUCGGCACAAAUUUUCCUCAGACACUAGAGCCAAUAAGCGUGUCUUUGAAUGAGCUAGAUAUACUGAAUGAAAAAGAUGAACACUCUUCACCACACGCGGCGAUCCGUAGGGUAGCAGUUGGGCUUGUGUCACGUGUAGGUGAGGGCAUUGGACGGUCAGAGAGUGACCGGCAAUUUAUAUUUAUCAACAGGCGUCCUAUCAAUGCACAUAAAAUCAUUCGUGCCAUCAAUGAUGUUUGGCGUACCUUUGAAAAGAAGCAGAAGCCAGCAUUUGUCUUAAAUCUUCAGUUACCAAGAGCAGAAGUAGAUGUGAACAUACAACCGGACAAACGGGAAGCCGUCUUUGCUUGCGAGGCUUCUGUGAUAUGUUGUCUAAAGACUGCCCUUCUUAACUUUUGGGAGCAAACACAGGGUCAUGUUGGUAUAAAGCAUUCUCUGAUUCUACCGUACCGGCCUCGCUAUUCGCACUCUAUCGCACCUAGUAAGACUUGCAACGUUUCCCGGAUGAAUUCUCAAGGGUCUGAAGCUAAUAAUGCCGAGGCAUCACAGAAAUAUCACAUGGCCAUCGGCGAGAAGCAUUUACUCCCCACGUCAAGAGCAGCUAAGGAAGAUAUCGAAAUGCAGCUUGACGACGGUUUGGUGAGCAAAACAAAAACUCCAAAAGUACGCAGACCUUUGUCCAAGGCCAUUUCGACAACUGCGGAUCCGCGAGGGGACAACAACGGGAUUAAGAGUUCACUUCAAGUUCCUUUAUCUGCCAAGAGCGCAGAUUCUCAAUCUGAAUCAAACCCUCUUAGCAGUCACAGUCAGAGGGACCGAAGGACACACCGAUGCUUUCGGUUUGCUCCAGGAUUGAGUCAGUUUGUGCAGUCUGUUCAGCUGCUGCGCAGAUCUGCAAGGAUAGUGGUGCAAAUGGACGUUGGGGCCUCAAAAUAUAGUUCUGGUGCUGAAGAAAAUGAAGGCACUGUGGAAGAAAAGCUGGGAGCAGUGAUGAGCAAAAGCGACUUCACUCAGAUGGAAGUAUUGGGCCAGUUCAAUCUUGGCUUUCUAAUAUGUAAAUUCGCGAGGCACCUCUUCAUUGUAGAUCAACAUGCUGCAGACGAAAAGUUCCGAUAUGAGCAUAACUGGAGGAGCACCAAAAUACGGACUCAGCCUCUGCUGGCACCACUCAUACUUAAUCUGAGCGCAGCGGAUGAGCUUUUCCUUAUUGAAAAGCGCGAGGUCUUUGAAAGAAAUGCUUUUGUGCUUACCGUUGACGAGAAUGCACAGGCUGGCGGUCGCGUGAAAGUCUCAGGCGUGCCGAGUGCCAAAGGCAUCACAUUUGGCACAAAGGACAUCCGUGAGUUCAUCUCUUUGCUUGCUGAACUCAAAGAUGUAGCCAGAGAUGAAGACUUGCCCCGGUUUCCAAAGCUCCAUUCCCUUUUUGCGUCGAAGGCAUGCCGCUCUGCUGUGAUGAUUGGCACUGCGCUCGCGCUCCCUGGGAUGAAAAAACUCUUGGAUCAACUUGCGACUCUAGACGGGCCCUGGAGCUGCCCUCAUGGUCGACCUACUAUACGGCAUCUUUCCCUCAUUCACAGCCUAUCAUACGAUUCGUGA